AUGCGGUACUCGACAAUCCUUCAAUUAUCAGCCACCCUCCUCUCUUUUACUAUCCCAUCUACCCUCGCAGCAGACUCCCGCUACUGCAUGAACAAGAACGUCAUCAAAGCCAAAGACUUUACCCUCCAAGAAUCCGCCGACAGCCCACACCUUGCAGCACUAGCCAAACACUUCGAAAGCACCGGCAAGAACGUCAGCGUUACCGCUGUCCUCAACUCUGGAAACCGAGACCUCAACAAAGGUCACCCAUCAGUCGGGACUGGAUCUCCUAAUGAAGCAUGGGCAUGGAACUCUGGCGACUACAAGACUACCAAGUGGACGCCACAGGGUAUCACCAGCUCUGCCGAUGCACUCGGCACUGGAAAAUGGAAUGACCACGAAGCAUGGAUUGUGAGCUGGUAUCAGAAAGGUGACAGUGUGCGGGUGAGUUUUGUCGAUCGCAAAACACACAAGUAUCGCCAUGUCCUCCUUGUCUAUCCUUCUGCGGACGAUGACUUUAAGUCCAUCGCCAUCCAUGCUGGGGGUAUUAUGUGGUAUGGCAACCUGCUGUAUGUUGUCGAUACGAAUAAUGGAAUUCGCGCGUUUGACCUGGAUAACAUCUGGGAAGUUGAAACUGCGGAUGGCGUUGGGAAAAUGAAGGAUGGAAAGGGAUAUUCAGCGGAUGGAUAUCAAUAUGUCCUUCCUCAAGUUCGCUGGUACAAAUGGACUCCCGGAUCUAAAUCUCCCUUCCGCUUCUCCUGGAUCUCCCUCGACCGCAGCGACAAACCCGACACCCUCCUCGUCGGUGAAUUCGUCCGUGACGGCGAAGUAGACACGAACAAGGACCCCGUCCCGAUCCGGCUCGUCAAGUACCAGCUAGACUCGACGACUCGCCGACUUCGCACAGACAGCAAUGGCUUGGCAACUGCCAGCUGGGCCCAUUGCGUGGAUAUUCUGAAAAUGCAAGGUGGUGUCUCCUACAAUGGGAAAUUCUAUCUCUCGCGAAGCAAUGGUCGCGACCCAAAUGCUGGUGACCUGUUUACUUGGGAAGAGGGUAAGACUGCGACGAAGUUCACUAAUUGGUUUAUGGCCGGCAAUGAGGACUUGAGUUAUAAUCCUGUGCGCAAGGAGUAUUAUACUGUGACUGAGUAUGACGAGGGGAGGUUUAUUCUCUCAUACAAGGUGUGA